GAGGGAGGGAGUGAUAAACAACUUCCAGAUUGGGUUCCUUGUAUGUGCAACUUCUUCCUUCCCUUGCUAAUAAAGUAUUAUAUCUGGGUCAGGCAACAAAAGUCUGUGGCUCAGGUGUUUCCUCUCUGAGCGCAGUGAAGGUGGCCAGGAAACUGUCCCUAUGGCUGUUUCGUGACACAUAUGGUUUCUUUUAGACACAUCCUCCUUAAAACUUCCUCCUUCCGUUCAAUGCGCUGCAACAGUGGCUGCAGAAUCUACUCAGUCAGUGUUAUGGAAUAGAGAUAUUUACAUUCAGUAGAACCAACUGUCUGAUCCUUCAGCCUUGAUUCAAAUACUUCCAGAUGGUUUAGUCUUUCUCUUCAUAUCUCUGUGAAAUGAUUACAAGCUGCUGUGGACAACUAAGAAAGACGGAUCCCCGUUUUAUCCUGGUUUGAAUGAGAUGUCCUGAGAGGCUCACUGAUUGGAGGAAAUUGGAUGGGCAACGUAAGCGCUCCUCUUGAAUGGGAAAAUAGCAGAAGGGGAAAAACGGCAGAGCAACACGCAGCAGGCUGACAUGAGCCAAGCAGCGGCCGCAGAGACACACACACACGCGGACUGAGUCUCUGGAUGCAGCCACAAGAAGGACCUCGUUAUCAUUUUUUUUUUUUUUUUGGAGUAAACGCAUUUUCAUCAACAGGAGUUGUUUUUUUAAUCCGUGCGCGCAUUCCUCAGCAGGAUUUGCGCAUCUCCAGUUGCAAAUUGUUUUCUGCUCUCCACGAGAGCGUUGUUUUAAUUUCCCUGCCCAGGAGGAAGCUUUCAUAGUCAUGCUCGAGCUGCUUCGACCGGCGAAGCGUUUCAUCUGAAAUUCUUGUGUUUCCAAAAAUGGAACAACAGCUCUCCAAACCAGAAUGCAAAAACAUGGAUGCGUGUCUGAGACGACUGAAGCAAGAACUGGUGUCUAUGAAAGAAGCCGGAGAUGGCCUCCACGCUCAGAUGAAUUCAAUGAUGGGAGCCCUCCAGGAACUCAAGCUUCUUCAGGUUCAGACAGCGCUAGAAAACCUUGAUAUUUCAGGUCAGCCCAUUAACCGAGGACUCCCACAUCCUGCUCCGCCUGCUCCUCCUGAAGCAUCAGCUACAGCGGCUUCAACCUCAAGCAAGGAUCGCGGGUCCUGCUUUAGCCAAACCAUGCCUGAGGAGCCCAGCAAGAGUCCAAUGCCAAGUCCAAGGCCAUCUCUGGAGAGCAGAAACACCUUCAGCCGAGAUGACAGGAGCCCAUCUCGAAACAGAAGCAGCCUGGGAACCUCAUCUUCCUCGGCAUCCAGCCUUGAGAGUGAGAGCGAGAGAAGUGAAAGAAGUGCACGAAGCGUGAGAAGCGAGAAUGACCUUGAGUCUAUACCCAAGAGGUGGUCAGGAUAUGCCGCCCCACAGGUGGAUUUCUACGGACCAAUGGUGGGAAACCCUCCACCGGAGCCUUACCCUCAUCCACAGGCUCCCAGUCGUGCUCAGGUGGUGGACCUGCCUGGGAUCCUGUACAGCCUUUCCAGAGAGGGCCCUUCAUUGGACAGUGACUACUCCCAGGACAGUACAGACGACGGCAGCGACUGGACUUCUUCACUCAUGAACCGCAGUCGCAACCGUCAGCCCUUAGUGCUUGGUGACAACGUCUUUGCCGACCUCGUGGGCAACUGGCUGGACCUGCCCGAGGUGGAGAGGGAAGAGGGGGAAGAAGAGGAGAGGAGGAAGAGCAGAGAGGAGACGACAGCGGAUGGAGGGGUGGACAGACCAGACACCCCAGCUCACCCUCUCCGCCUCAGCCGCUCACAGGAGAUCUGCAGGAAGUUCUCGUUAACAACAAACAUCUUCAAGAAGUUCCUGCGCAGCGUCCGGCCCGACAGGGACAAGCUGCUCAAGGAGAGGCCUGGCUGGAUGGCUCCUGAGCUGCCGGAGGGCGACCUCUUCAAAAGGCCGAAGAAACAGGUUCCUAAAAGUUCAAAAGGCAGCUUUUACCUGCCGUUCUGGGCAAACGGACAGCAGGGCAAAGGCAGGCCGUGUCCACAUCUAGCUGAAGCAGAGAGGAACCACCAACACCACUUCCCCCAGGUCCACCAGCAGCCAUUUGCUGGGAUUUAUUUAGACAAGAGACAGCCAGAGACUGGUCUGGAGAAAAUGCAGCCCUUGUUUGACUACAACACAGCUGUGUGGGUCUGACAGUGAGGCCAACAGACUGCCGGCGACUGAGUGAGUGACAGGUGCUGGGGGAUUUUGGCUGUGCUGGAGGGGGAUGAAUGAAUGACUGAAUGAGAUGCUUGGACAUAGUUAUCUUCCAAAAAUGAACCGAUGAACUUCACACCCACAGCGAGAUUAUCAGGGCAACAUUUUGUCUGACAAUCCUAAAACCUAAACCUUGUUUGCUGUGUGUGUAUGGGUGUGCGAGUGUGUGCUGGAGAGUGUCAGACAGAUGCUGCAAGUUUUGUAUUGUUCAAAUUUCUUCUUAUGUGUGUGUGCACGUAUGACUGGAUUCUCUAAAUGUCUUAAAAGAUGGUACUUUGAAAUGGACAUCUUUCUCAGAAUGUCACCAUCAUCACAGAUCUUUAUAAAAAGACUUUUUCACUUCUGUGCUACAGGACAUACUCUUAUAUAUCUCACUUCUUUGAAUCUAUGAAAAGAAACACCAACUGUUGGAUUGCAUGGUUACUGUUUUUAUAAGUGAUGCUACAAACAGCUGUAACUGAACGCACUGCCACUAAACACAGUCAUAAGCUUCCUCUUGUUUCCAACAGGCCUUGACGCCUUGGAAACUCAGGUUUAACUGAACCCAUCAGUCUCAUUCACCUUGCUCAGGGAAUGAAUGUUACACAGGAGUAAAAUAUGAGACACUGGCGCAUUUAAAUGGGUUUAAAACACAUUUUAGAUAAGUCUUUCCUCAUCUCAUCUUGCCUAGAAAGACAUCACAGCAAUACAGUGCAUGACUAGUUUAAAGAUUGCACAUAAACUUUAAGAUUUGUCCCUCGUAAUCAGCAAUGGUUUUGCUUGCUGUCAUGUUAGAAAUAGUCAUUUUAUUUCUCUGCUGUGUGGACAUGGCACGUGUUGAGUCAACUGUUAGCCCUCCUGGGUUGUUAUGCAGAGAGAGGAGGGGGUAAAGAUGGCACAGCCGGUACUGACUGACUGACUGACUGCCAUCUGGUACCCGGUCGUUAUGUAAAGCUUGUUCGCCACAGGCUCGAAGAAGAUGCAUAACGGGCUCAUUUAAUCCCAAAUUUUUGUGGAUGAACUGAAUUAUGAUGAUGGUGUCAUACUGUAUAUACACACAUACACACACAGGGAAAUACAUUACAGGGCUGUGACAGUGAUGAGACAGUUGAGAUGGAGGUAAAGACCCGUAAUCUCUAUCAGACAGAAUCAAGUUAAAUGUACAGAACAUUGUACAUAUUUGCCAUCAACCAAACAGCAGCAAUAAUGAACAUUUACUGUAAUAUCCCAUCGCAUGGUUUUCAUUAUUCUGCACAGAUAAAUAUGUCACAGUAAUAUUACAGUUCAACAUGUAAACAACAACACCACACUUGUAUUUAAACUACAAACUGAUCAGCUAAUCUUUGACCUAUCUAUUCUCUUGUAUCAUAAUAAACUGUUUCAGUGUUUUUCAUUUCAAGCAGAUUCAUAACAGUUAAAAACAAACUACAGCUUCCUUCACAAAUUCACAUAAAUGUCAGGAGUCCCUCAGGAUUACAAAGGAUACUGCCCGCGCUGACUCGAAAUACUUUGUUUUUAUAGAGGACCACUGUUAUGCAAGGACAAUCUGAUACACUAACUUCUUAUUGUUAUGGAAAAAACGUUAAUUUCACUCAGUUUUAAAAGGGAUCCCAGACCAAUCAAUUUAGCCAGCAGGGAUUAGGCCUUAGGUCUUUUGAGUGUCUUGGCCAGUUGAUCCAUAUGGUGAUGUCUCAGUAUUCAGGUCAAUGCAUACUGCACAUUCAGAGGGUCAUAUCACACAGUAUGUGUAUGUAAAUGUAACAUUUAUUUCUUCCUAUUUACAGUUGUCUAAGUGUAAUUUUCAGCACUGUUGUUGAUAUUUUUCAUCAGAGUUCUGCGAAUCUUCAGUAGUGAUUCUGUGUCAUGUGCACUGUAAAACUGUCACUGACUCUUUGUAAAUUAAAUCUGUUUUCAGAAAGAAA